AUGUGGCCAAAUGCCAGUGCAGCCCCCUUCCUGCUGACUGGCUUCCCAGGACUGGAGGAAGCUCACCACUGGAUCUCCAUCCCCUUCUUUGCUGUGUAUUUUUCUAUAAUUCUUGGGAAUGGCACCCUCCUUUUCCUCAUCAGAUAUGACCAAAGCCUUCAUGAGCCCAUGUAUUACUUCCUAGCUAUGUUGUCUCUCACAGACCUUGCGGUGACUUUGACCACUAUGCCGACUGUACUGAGAGUUCUGUGGUUAGACUAUAGAAAAAUUCAGCAUGGUGUUUGCUUUUUCCAGGCCUACAUCAUCCAUACACUCUCCAUUGUGGAGUCUGGUGUCUUGCUUGCCAUGGCCUAUGACCGAUUCAUUGCUAUUUGCAAUCCUUUGAGAUAUACCACCAUUCUAACAAACUCUCAGGUGGUAAAAAUUGGGGUGGGUGUAUUGUUAAGGGGAUGUGUGUCCAUCAUUCCCCCAAUAAUUCCUCUUCAUUGGUUCCCUUAUUGCCAUUCUCAUGUCCUUUCCCACGCCGUCUGCCUUCACCAGGAUAUUAUCAAACUGGCCUGUGCAGAUAUCACAUUCAAUCGCAUAUACCCUGUCAUUCUGGUUUUCUUGGUAUUCCUCGACUCUCUGAUUAUUCUCUUCUCCUAUGUACUGAUCCUAAAGACAGUCAUAAGCAUAGCCUCUGGAGAGGAACGAGCCAAAGCACUCAAUACUUGUGUCUCCCAUAUCUCUUGUUUUCUGGUCUUCUUUGCUACAGCAAUUGGCCUAUCCCUCAUUCACCGUUUUGGGAAGCAUGUACCUCAUGUAGUUCACAUUGCCAUGAGCUAUGUUUACUUUCUCUUCCCCCCAUUAAUGAAUCCCAUUAUUUACAGCAUCAAAACAAAGCAGAUCCAGCAGGGUAUUCUUCGAAUGUUCUUUCCAGGCAAAUCUAGAAUCUGA